AGCGACAUGAACACCAAAAGAGUCAUCACUCACUAUCCUCGCCACAUCACUUCUUCCUCCCUUCCCCCUAUAAGAACCAAACCGAUUCUGAGUUCUUCUGCUUGUUCCCUUCAAUUAAUCGCCAUCUAAUAGUGAAGCCAUGGCCGUAGUGAAGCUAAACCCGUGCAAGACUUUCCGAAAGUUUAAGCCGCAUCUUCUCAUGGUACUGGCUCAAGUUGGCUACACCUUCCUCUACUUCAUCACGGAAGCUUCAUUCGACCAUGGCAUGAACCCCCAUGUCUACAUUACUUACCGACACAUCGUGGCGGGCUUUGUAAUGCUCCCUUUUGCGUGCUUUCUCGAAAGGAAAAUAAGACCACAGCUGACAUUGCUCCUCUUCUUGGAGAUUUUCGUCCUCUCUCUUCUGGGGGUGGGAUUAACACUAAAUAUGUACUUUGCGAGCUUGAAGUACACGUCUCCAACUUUUGUGGCUUCUAUGGUGAACACCAUCGCUUCCCUCACUUUCGUAAUUGCAGUCGCCCUCCGGUUGGAGGCAGUUGAUCUUAGGAAUCCUCGAGGGAUGGCGAAGGUUGUGGGGACACUGGUCUCACUUGCAGGGGUGAUGACCAUGACAUUAUACCAAGGCUCCAUUGUAAGGAACUUGGGCCCACCUCUCAUCCAAGUCAACAGCAGUGGCAGCUCCACCAAUGACGUCCAUGGCAGUUGGGUGAAGGGCUCCAUCCUCACCGUUGCCAGCUGCAUCACCUGGUCCAUUUGGUACAUCAUGCAGGCGUACACAUUGAAAAGAUAUCCGGCCCAACUCUCACUGACAACAUGGAUGUCUUUUGUGGGCGGGGCCCAGUCUGCGGCCUUCGCCGUCUUCAUCAAGCACAAACCUGCGGAUUGGGCCAUUGGGUUCAACAUAGAUCUGUGGUCCACCUUAUAUGGUGGAGUGGUUGUCUCAGGACUGAUCAUCUUCAUCCAGCUAUGGUGCACGGAGAAGAAAGGCCCGGUCUUCGUGACCAUUUUCAAUCCGCUCGGCACGAUACUUGUUGCAGUCUUGGCCUACUUCAUACUCGACGAGAAACUAUGCACUGGCAGCAUCAUAGGGGCAGCGAUUGUCAUCGUUGGGCUCUACUUACUGUUGUGGGGGAAAGAAGAUCAGCAGGUUCAGAUCAAGCUCAAUUCUGAAGAUCAUCUGGUGCAACCUUACUUGACCUCUGAUGAAGUGCAAAAGAGAGACACCAUGUUUCAGGUGGUCCCUCCGGAGUCAAGAUAGGUGUCGACAUCUGAAGCUUGAGUACACUAUAUAAAGAGAAAAGAAAAAUAAAGGGGACGCGACACAAUCGUACAUUUUUCUUUGUGCAGUCAUGAUGAGAUGGUUCAAGACAAAUUAAUGCGGUAUUUUAGAGGUGAUAAAAAAAGGUGUUGGGGUUGUACUAAUUAAUUGUCAGUGAUGAUGAUUCCUGACGAAACGUUAGCAACAACAUAAAGAUCAUAGCUUGUUCCGAAAAAGGAAAAAUGCUAGUUACCAUUGUUGCAAAAUUAAGUGAAAGUUCUUUGAAAUAUUUGGGUCACAUUGCAACGUUUGGAUGACACACCGCCAAGGGAGACGGAAUAUCACAUGACAGUGAAUUAAAAUUAGAUGAUGCAUUUAGUGCGUAGGGCCGGCAUGAGGAAUGUAUGCUAUGGAUCAUUAGAAUAAUACAUGUCAAUCAUUUCGAUUA